AUGUCAUCCUGGCAACCUUUCUCUCUCUCGGCGGCCGUCGUCGUCGCUAGCAUCCUCACGGCCCUAUGCUCCAGAGCCCCACGCGAAGCAAAACAAAAAUGGGGGAAAGACCGGCUCGGCCUCUGGGCUACGCCCAAAGUCUCAUCCGUCCGAAGACUUGUCACGGUGGCCAUUGGCGUAUGCCACGCCAUCAUAGCGUCCUCGUCUUCCGAGACCAACCUCAUCUGUGGCCAUCCGCAAAACAUCAAUCGCAAACUCUUCGAAUGGAACAAAUACACGACGCUCUGUUUGUUUCUCAUCGUUGCCAUCGGUGCCCCAUUGCGGCUUUUGGCUUUCGCCCAGCUCGGUGGGAAUUUCACGUUCCAACUUGCGAAGCCUAGGGGUCUUACCACGACGGGAGUUUACCGAUACAUCCAGCACCCGGGAUACACAGGACAAGUCCUUGAUGGGGUUGCCGGAUGUUGGAUUCCUCAAGGGUUAGAGGCUCGGUUGAAUGGAUGGGGGUUGGUUUGCUACGGUGUUGUGGUACUGGUCAUGGCGAGGAAAGUUUCGGUGAGAGUCACGGAUGAAGAGGAGAUGUUGAAGAAGACAUUUGGAGACGAGUGGGUUCGGUGGCACACUCGAACUAUGCGGUUUGUUCCAGGGGUCAUGUAAUUUUGACAGAAGAGCCUCACAAUGCUCGGCGUUAAUGUCUUUCUCGAGUGCCUAUACUCAAGGAUAAUGCAACCUCUAUCUAUAAUUGCAGAAUGGUGGGUUGAGAGCCUGCCCUGCCGUCCUGCGUUUGGUUGUGAAACGAUAACUUCCUGGGAAGUUAUCGUGGCAGGGGUUAUGUGGCAAACUCGGGUUUAGCAGACGUCUCUACAAAGCGCCAAACGCGGCUAAUUGUGUAACUAGUGUCUUCACUCCUCCAGUCUUGAGGUAAUACUAUAUCUCGCCUGAAUUGCGAUAUAUCGUGGGCGUGGGUGGAAAAGAAAAGAAGUAUGGAAGAUGGGAAGAUAGGAACAGCGGCGGAUCAUCCAUAUUAUAUGUAUCAAAAAAGCAGAUAUCCUGUUUUUGUACGGCAUGAAUUGUUGCAGGAUCGUGACUCUCCUGGACAAUUG